AUGCCGAGCGCAACAGCAUCCGGCGCCAGCACGGGCGACUCGUCGGCUCGGUCCCGCGAUCACAAACAGGGGAACCAGGGGCGUACUUACACAGUUGAGCAAAAGGCGGCCGUCCUGCGCAUUCGGAGAUGCGACGCGACGGCCUUUUACGACAUCCUCGGCCUCGAGACGGUCAAAACCUCGUGCACAGACUCGGACAUCAAAAAGGCCUAUCGGAAACAGUCGCUGCUGACCCACCCCGACAAGAAUGGCCACGAGCACGCAGACGAGGCCUUCAAGAUGGUCAGCCGCGCCUUUGGCGUCCUCGGCGACAAGGAGAAGCGGGAAAAGUUUGACAAGUUCGGCACCGAUCCAGACAGCAGGUUCGCCAGCGCCCAGGCACAGAACCCCUUUGCCGGCUUCGCUUCCCGGCAACGCUCUGGCGGCAUGGGCGGAGGCAUGGGCGGCGGAGGUGGCGGCAUGUGGGAAGAGGAGCUGAGCCCCGAGGAGAUGUUCGCGCGCUUCUUUGGCGGUGGCGGCGGCGGCGGCGGCGCGUUUGGAGGUCCGCAGUUUGUCUUCAACUUUGGAGGUGGCCCCGGCAUUCGCGAGGCGCAGCCCGGCCAAGAACAACAACAAGGCGCCAACCUGCAAAACAUCAUCGGGCUCUUGCCAAUCAUCCUCUUCUUCAUCCUCCCCCUCCUCUCGUCUCUCUUCUCCGGCGGCUCCUCGUCAACAUCGAUCCCCGGCAUGGUCUACGAUCAACCGGAGCAUCCCUACACUCAAGGCCGCACAACGCCCAGCCUCAAGAUCCACUACUUUGUCGAUCCGGCCGACAUCAGGUCCUACAGCCAAUCCAAGCUCAGCCAACUCGACCGGUCUGCCGAGAUCAACCUGGUGCGGCGCCUUCGCGGCGAGUGUGAAAACGAGAUGAUGUACCAGCAGCAGAUGCGGAGCGACGCGGUCGGCUGGUUCUACCAGGACGUGGACAAGAUGGCGCAGGCAGAUGCACUGAGGAUGCCGUCAUGUGAGAGGAUGAGGACUCUUGGGAUCAGCCGGUGA